ACCAAAGAAGAAGAAAAUAACUUAAAGCAUUCGAUCAUUAACCAAUUUGAGACGGAAAGUCAUCCUUUUUACUCCAGUGCUCGGCUCUGGGAUGAUGCAGUAAUUGAUCCAAUUGAUACUCGGGAUGUCAUUGGCUUAAGUUUGGCUGCAGCUCUUAACGCACCUAUACUUGAAAGUAAAUUUGGAAUUUAUAGGAUGUAAGUUGCAUCAUAAAAAAUCCCAACUGUUGACAUCUUGCUUCUGAACAGAUAUCGGAAACUUUUGCUUUCUUUUAUCAAACGUCCUUUAAGUGUGUAAUAUGGUUACGAAUAAUGGUGCAAAUGCGUAAAAGACAGAACUUGAAAUUGUAAAAAAUAAAAAUUUUUUAUGACA